GGCACACCACCCUUCAUCCUCCCGCAGCCCUGACCAAGAACGAGCCGGCCAACGAGGCUCUUGUGCUCCUUUCCUCGCCCUUGUAUCUCCCUCCUCUGUAUCUGGCCCUGGUCUUGGGCCGCCCGCAAUAAGAUGGUGGCCAUGACGAAAAGAGACGACGGGGAGGUCGUGAACGGCGAGGAUGGGAAGUUCGAGGCCGGACGGCCGCCGCCAUUCAGGAUCGGUGAUAUCCGGGUGGCCAUACCCAGCCAUUGCUGGGUGAAGAACCCCUGGCGUUCCAUGAGCUACGUCCUUCGUGACGCCGUCGUCAUCGCUGCGCUCGCGGCUGCCGCCGGCUAUUUUGACAGUUGGAUCAUCUGGCCAAUCUACUGGUUAGCCCAGGGCACCAUGUUCUGGGCUGUCUUCGUUCUGGGACAUGACUGUGGCCAUGGAAGCUUCUCCAACAGCGUGUGGCUGAACAAUGUGGUUGGGCACUUUCUUCACUCCAGCAUUCUGGUGCCUUACCAUGGAUGGAGGAUUAGCCACAGGACUCAUCACCAGAACCAUGGGAAUGUGGACAAGGAUGAAUCGUGGCACCCGUUACCUGAGAAGACAUACAGGGGAAUGAAACCGAACGGCCGAAAAAUGCGGUUUUCGUUACCUUACCCCUUGUUUGCAUUCCCGGCCUAUCUGUUGUGGAGAAGCCCUGGAAAAGAAGGUUCUCAUUUCCUGCCGAGUAGCAGCUUGUUUCAUCCAAAUGAGCAAGGCGACAUCAUCGUAUCAACCUUGUGCUGGUCAGCCAUGGUCACAUUGCUUCUUGGUCUAUCCUGGGUGUAUGGCCCUAUUCCAGUGCUCAAACUCUAUGGUUUGCCCUCCUUGGUUUUUGUAAUGUGGCUAGAUUUGGUUACUUACUUGCAUCACCAUGGCUACCAUGAGAAGCUCCCCUGGUACCGUGGCAAGGAAUGGAGCUAUCUGCGAGGAGGACUGACGACAAUUGAUAGGGACUAUGGCUGGAUAAACAACAUCCACCAUGAUAUUGGAACUCAUGUCAUUCACCAUCUCUUUCCCCAGAUACCACACUACAAUCUGGUAGAAGCAACAAAGGCUGCGAAACCUGUGCUCGGGAAAUAUUACCGAGAACCGGAGAAAUCUGGCCCGCUUCCACUGCACCUGUUUGGCGUUCUUCUUAGGAGCCUAAGAGUCGACCACUUUGUGAGCGACGAGGGAGAAGUUGUCUACUACCAGACCGACCCUCAGCAGUACGGCGACUGGCAGCAGAAGUUCAAGUGAAGAAUGCCGCUCUGCUAACAGUGACACGAUCAUUAUAGGGGGCACUGUUUGUGUUCGGAUGCUUUACACGACACUGUAGUCGGUUCGGGCGAUUCAGAGAUUCUGCGACAACGGUUGUAUUGUUAACCUGCCUAUGUGGGGAUUCAGCUGCUCAAGAAUACUGUAUUGACUGUUUGAUUCUUGUUGAUUAUGAGCAAGAUAAAUUUUGUCUCAUCUUCCCCUCUGCUCUCUUGUUGAUCAUGAGCAAGAUAAAUUGUCUCAUCUUCCCCUCCACUCUAUGGUUUUAGCCAUUUUGUAGUCUUCAAAUGAUUUGACUUUCUUGUCUUAUUUGUGAGUUGAGGUUGAUAGAGUGCACGAUUGGAUUAGUUGAAUGUAAUAGCUAUUUAUACAUGUUAGAAGAAAGGAUUUUCUUUAA